GCCACCAUGUUCCUGAAUAAGUGCGAGGGGGACCUGGGCGAGCUGCGGAAGCCAGGAGAGGGCGAGGGCACCCCGCCGGCCGCCGCCGAGGAGGAGCAGCCCAAGAAGAAGCACCGUCGGAACCGUACCACCUUCACCACCUACCAGCUGCACGAGCUGGAGCGCGCCUUCGAGAAGUCCCACUACCCCGACGUCUACAGCCGCGAGGAGCUGGCCAUGAAGGUCAACCUGCCGGAGGUCCGCGUGCAGGUCUGGUUCCAGAACCGUCGAGCCAAGUGGAGACGGCAGGAGAAGAUGGAGGCCAGCUCCAUGAAGCUCCACGACACCCCCGUGCUCUCCUUCAACCGGCCCCCCAUGACACCCAACGUGGGGCCCAUGAGCAACUCCCUCCCGCUCGACCCCUGGCUGACGUCCCCCAUCUCCAGCGCCACCAGGGUCCACAGCAUCCCUGGCUUCAUGGGAGCCCCCCAGGCCCUGCAGCCCCCCUACGGCGGGCACUCCUUCCUCAACAGCCCCCCACCGAUGGCACAGGGCAUGCAGCCCAUGGCCCCCACACCCUACCAGUGCAGCACCACCUUUGUGGACAAGUACCCGCUGGAGGAGGUGGACCAGAGGAGCUCCAGCAUCGCCUCGCUCCGCAUGAAAGCCAAGGAGCACAUUCAGACCAUUGACAAGACCUGGCAGCCCAUUUGAUGAACGCUCCCC